GAUCGAGACAAUCAGAGACACAGAGAUGGUGGUCAGACAGAGAGCAGUGGUGGCAACACUCCCUAACCUCAUUAGGAGCCUCCGAAAGGAGUGUCCAAAGCCCACGAACCAAGCGGUGUUGCCGUCGUUGAGACGCGCUUUUUCUCUCUACGAUCAGAUCAAUCUCAUCGACAACGUCCCCGAAGACCAGCUUCGCUUUCAAAGGUAUACGGACACGGGGUUCACCGUAAAUGGGGUGGAUUAUGAAGGCAGCUUGCUCUGUAUUGGGAACUUGCUAAUGUCUUGGGCCCCCAAGAAAUUCUCAGAGAUUACUCCAGAUAGUUUAUCUAUCUUCCAAACCGUGCGGCCUAUACCGGAGAUUUUGAUACUUGGCUGUGGGAGGUACAUUGAGCCUGUAGUUCCUGAACUUCGGCACUUCAUUCGGUCUACUGGCAUGAAGUUGGAAGUCCUUGACUCGAGAAAUGCUGCAUCAACUUACAACAUACUGAAUGAGGAGGGUCGGAUCGUGGCUGCUGCAUUUCUCCCAUAUGGGGUCAAUUUGGAAUGUAGAUCUUUCUGCAUCUCUUGAGUCAUUCCCCACUGGAAGUUUUGUAUUUUUGAAGGAGUUAUGCUCAAGGUGGCCUCGAGCUUUAAAGCAUUAUCUUUGACAUGUUGUCUUGAAUUUUCGGUGUAACUAAUUAAAUACACAACAUUGGUUUCUUUU